AUGUUUGGAAUUAUUAAAAGUAGGCCCAGAAACUGGACCACCAGUAAUACAAUCAAAUUAGAAAAUGCAAGAGAAACAAUGCUUCGUAAACAAGUCCAAAAAACAUUCUUGAGAUUGUUGAUUAUUCAAGAUAGUUACCUGAUUGUCUGUAUUACCGAAGCUUCAGUUAUAACUGUUGAUAGUGAUUUUGAUUCUUUUAAAUCGCAUAUUGAAUUUGAAGUCGCAAAAUUUUCACACACUAUUUUUCGAAGGAAGAGGCAAAUCGUUAACGAGUGCUGCAGAAAUAAAUGUUCGUUGGAUUAUUUACUUGACAACUAUUGCCAAACAGUUAACAGUGCUGCAUUAGAAGAAUUUAAGAAGACUAAAGACGAUUCCAGCGAACGGUACACUCUUCCAAAAUCACCGACUGAAAAUAUUUUGUCCCGUAGAUUUAGACAAAAACAUGGUUUAGAUAAUGCUCCAUCUGAACCUGCAACUCAUGACAGUCAUCAACACCAUCGAAAGAAAAGAAACUGUAAAUGUAAAAAGCUACUUAAAAAUGAGGAAAAACAUCAAAAGGAAAGAAGGCUCUUAAUUUUUUUGAAACAACGACAAUAUCCAGUUCCAGCUUCGGAAGUAGAAGAAGCUGAAUUUCAAAAACCAUUCAUUGUUAAUUUUCCUUGA